CUCCCUGCCCAGCUCCUUUCCUACUUCUCUUCCCCCACUCGCCAACCGCACGCGCCAUUUCCCUGCGGAAGACCGCGCACAUUCCCAGGCACCAUCACCAUCGGGCAUGGCCAGUGUGGAUCGGCGUGAGGGCACCAUCCAGGUGCAGGGCCAGGGCCUCUUCUUCAGAGAGGCAAAGCCUGGCAGCGGGCAGACCGCUCGCUUCUCUGUGCUGUUGUUGCACGGCAUCCGCUUCUCCUCUGAAACCUGGCACAACCUGGGUACUCUGCAUAAGCUGGCCGAGGCUGGCUACAGGGCCGUGGCCAUUGAUCUGCCAGGUCUUGGGCGUUCCAAGGAAGCAGCAGCUCCUGCCCCUAUUGGAGAACUGGCUCCUGGCGGCUUCCUAGCAGCUGUAGUGGAUGCCUUGCAGCUGGGACCCCCAGUUGUGAUCAGCCCAUCAUUAAGUGGCAUGUAUGCACUGCCCUUCCUUGUGGCCCCUGGAUCCCAACUCCGGGGCUAUGUACCAGUGGCUCCCAUCUGCACAGACAAGAUCAGUGCCGCUGACUAUGCCAGUGUUAAGACCCCAGCUCUGAUUGUGUAUGGAGACCAGGACCCCAUGGGCUCCUCCAGCUUUCAGCACCUGAAGCAACUGCCCAACCACAGAGUGCUGGUCUUGGAAAAGGCGGGGCAUCCCUGUUACCUGGACAAGCCAGACCAGUGGCAUACAGGGCUGCUGGAUUUCCUGCAGGGGCUAGCAUGAGACGUAAUCCUGCCUGCUCUGGGAUCUCUCGCUGUCUUCUGGUCUCUGGCUUGUGCAUCACCUGGAACAGGUCUGUCUAUACAUCUGUCCGGGGUUCCUGUGGUUUCUGCUUUUCUCUUGCACUGGCAGAUCGGAUUAAGGAGUUGAAAAUCAAAUGGUAAGGCCUCGGAUUCAAGGGAAGAAAUCUGAUUGUAGGUAGGGUAAUGCAUGCACUUCUACAGGUUCCUUUGCUUGGGUUUUUCACUUCUGCCUUUCUUUCCACUGCGCCUCCUUCUUCAGGCGCUCCCCGACCCCUCACAGG